GUAUAAAAAUAUUUGUAAUCCUAUGCAAUCAAUAUGACAUAAAUUUUGCAGAAAUAAAUCAGUAUUUUGUCGGUAAAAUUUACAAAUAUGCCAAGAAAAGAAAAAGAAAGAAGAAAAAAGAAAAGAAUUGAGGCGAGCGCCACCGUUGAGUAGUUAAACGAUCGUCGCGAGAAGAAACUACGGCCAACAACGUGUCGUGUCGAUCGUGUUGAUCGUGCGUGACGAUUCACGGUAGGUCGGCGCGUUCCUGUAGACGGCGAGCGUCCGACAGAACCGGGCAGGGAGUGGUUGCAGUCGUCAAGAAAGGGAGAGAGAAAGAAAGAAAGAGUGAGAGGGAGAGAAGAAAGGGAUAGAGAGAAAGAGAAAGAAAGAAAAGAGAAAACAAAAACGAGACGCAUGUAGGAGAAACAAGAGGAGGUGGAGAGGGAGGAUUGAUUCUGUCUCGCGGUGCUUCGUCGAGUGCAACGGCCAAUCAACCGAUCGCAAUUUUUGUCCUCCCCGCGGCGCGCCGGUGGUAACAUCGCUCGUUAUUAACACUGUAAUCGCGACGACGAGCGAAGAUUAUGUCAUUGCACGACGUCGUCUGUCGGGGACACCCGGUAUGUGCUGGACGGGAGACGGCAGGGUGUGGCAGUGCGAAAGGGCGAAAAUGCGCUUCCUCAGUGAGAAAGACGGGCGCAUUAUCGCGUGCAACGCGUCGUAUUUUAGUCCGCGACCAGUUUGAGUUGCGAGCGCAAGAGUGUGUGCGCGCGCGAGAGAGAGAGAAAGCAAAAGGAGAAAGAGAGAGUCUCCCGCGUAUCUCCCGCGAAAAUAAAUGCGCGUGCGACGACGAUGUUGCACGCGCACACGUGCAGUCGCCCGGGCCGCGAGCUGUUCACGGAGGGGCAUAUCACCUCCGCAGAAAACGCAGCACGCGUAUGACCUUUGGAGAUAACCAUUGAAAAGAGAUAUCUCGAUAUUGUCGUUCGCCGGAUUUAAUCGCGAAAACGCGCGAGGAAGCGUCAUUAUGAAACGCGCGAACGUAUCGCUCGACUAAUUUGGUCGACUCGGUCCCUUGCGAGUGACUCUUCAAGGCCCAUAUUAAUAGUCGUUAUUUAUCUCAGGUGAGGUACACCUCUACUGAGGUGAAUUCCUUCUAACUCUUUCUUUAAUUCCUUAACUCUAAAUUAAUAUCUAAAUAUUUUCCUUAAGACAAAUUGUCAAAUAACGUCUAUCACAUACACAUUAAUAAUUAUUUUCUGAUAUUUGUCUCAUGUACAAUGCUAAGAUUUUUAUUUAAAGUCAAGUCCAAGUUCUUCGGUUGAAUUAUGUUAUAUGUGAUAUUUGUAUUUGCAAUAAUGAUUCAACUGAAAAAUUUUCAUCUAACUCUGAAUGUUAGUUUGAAUUCCAACCUGAAUUGCAAGUUGAAUAUUUCACUUAAGACGAGAGUUUCAAGUAAUAAUUAUUAAUGGAAUGCUGAAGUCGAUGACGAACUCGAAAAAUGUCGGUAACGCAGAGACGAUCGUCAUUAACAUAAUCACGCUUCGUGUUUCGUAUUUUUGGUACAUACGGCGUCAUGAAUGCUUUUGGAUACGAUUUUCAGCUUUAUAUAUAAUAUUUGAGAUUGAAAAUUGAUAAGUAACUCUGAUUAUAACAGUAAGAUUAUAAUGACAUUAAUUAUAACGAUUUUAAUUUUAUUCGUAUACACAUAAAGUCGAAAAUCUUGUAACUCUUUAGAGAAUGUUCGGGCAUCCAUGACGUCGUGUGUACAUACAGAACUUACAUAAAUGUAUAUUGUUUUGUUUUACUAUAUUCAGCGGAAAACCUAACCAUAUAUAUGUAGAAAUCUUUCUACAAACUUUCUAUAUAUUUCUUAGUUUCUCUAAAUUCAAUUGCAGAGGUACAAAAAAUAUAUGUAUAUAUUAAUAUAUAUAUAUCCUUUGAAAUUUUUCUCAACACAGCAAACACACGUUCAAUAUAUACAAGCUACAGAACUUGUAUCAAGCAAAUAUUUGUAUAUGAUAUAAUUUAUCACUAACUGAUAGCACGAGAUGUCAGUUUUAAAACUUUGUAUCGUUUUCAUCAUAUAUUGAGCAAUGUUCGGAUUCAUUUUUGCAUGUACUUUCAUUGCGUAAAGAUAUUUGUAAUUCUAUACAGCUAAUAUAACAUAAACUUUAUAGAAAAAUGUCAGUAUCUUGUUGGUAAAAUUUUCAAGUGUAUGUGUAUAUGAAGCAUCCAACAAGUCUAAAUUUCUUACGGAUAUAAGUCUAAAUUUCUCGGAUCGAAAUUUCAUUGAAAGCGAGUGGAAAUUUACUCGAUGCAGUCGUGAAAAUAUUCUUACUUAGAAUCAUAAAUAUUAAUGUUUAAUUAUCUGCUCUUGUGUCAACGUAAGUUCACGAGUCCAAUUGUUAUCUACUAUUUUUAUAUCCGCGUAAGUUCACAAAUUCUUCUAUCAUCUGUCGUUUUUAAAUUCGCGUAAGUUCAUGAGGGCAAUCGUUGUCUGUCGCUUUUACAUCUACGUUAACGAGCUCAAUUGUAAUCUACUCUAUAAGCUGUUGGAGCAACAGCAUUUAUUAUUUCAUCAUUGUGACACAAUGCUAAAAUCGUAGGUAGUAGAUAUAAGUUUCUGUAAGAAACAUGCAGUCGUUAAAGUGUUAACUCAAAUUUAGAAUGAGUACUUUUAAUCCAUACGGUGAUUUUUUCAAUUGAUUAGAGUGAAUUUGUUCCUGUGACGGUGGAGUAUGUACAAAUCGGUAAAAUAGUCUUAACAUAUAUUAUAAAAUUAUAUUCUCGAAAUUAUACCCUUAAAUAUUACCCUUGAGCGCAUAAUAUAUUUCUUAUGGAAACAUAAUCAUGGUUCGGAAAUAAUAUGCGUUACUCGCAAUGUUAUUAUUGUUAUAAAUUACCAUUUCUCAGUAAUGACUUGGAAACAGCGUUAUAUUUUUGUUAGUAAAGUAAGGAAAACCGGGGCUAAAGUUGACUGAGCGAGCUAUGUUCGAAAUAACAAACACAACACAGAAAUGUAUGUACUUAAUUAUUAUUAUUUGUUAUUAUUAGUUAUAUUAUAAUAUUAAUUAACUUUUAAACUAUUCGACGUUGUUUGGGUUUCUCAUAUUUAGAACAUAUAAACUUAAAUUAUCACAAAUUGUUGAGGAUAUGAAAUCAGAGGGAGAAGGUGGAAUGUCCAGGUUUUUCUCUCUUUCUCUCUCUUUCUUUCUCUUUCAUGUAGCCUAUAUUUUCCGUAGAGUCUUAGACAGUAACUAUGCAAAAUCCAAAUCCAAAGAAUUUGGGAGUUAACAGAAAACUUGCAGACAGAUAAUUUGCGUAGGCAAAUUGAGAGUCGGCAAUGACUUUCAAUUUUGACAGUUUGGUGAACUAAAUUUAUUGCAUGUUUAAACCGUUCUGCAAUUGACUAUACAUUAUACAUUAUUCACUUUUCAAUUUCGGAUGAAAUUAUUCAUUCAACAAUUUAAAAUGCAGAAUUUUUUAGUAAAAAAUCAUAUGACUUUGAAUGACUCGAUUGUCUACGUACGGUUGUUCUACAUUUCAAGUGGGAUUUUGCUCGAAGAAAUUCAGAGAGAAGAAUUCGAUCGAAUGCCGACUGCCAACUUCUUCAGUUGCAGCGUGAAGUAAUACGAUAAUGGGCGCUAUAGAUGAAGAUUUCGUGAAAGAUCACUGAAGGUCAAGCAAAGAAUGAGAUAGUGACAUUGAUCUUCACGGGCCUCGAUUCUCGAGUAUUUUUAGGAUGAUCAAUUGUCUCAGAUUUUGCGACAUCCUGCAUUUCGAUUCUUUAUAGAGGCGUCUCGCAAAAAUUCUGCAUGGGAUGCUAUUUGUCACGCUUUUUCACACAUGAUGUAAAAUAAAUAAUAUUAAAAUACAUAGUAAAUAAGAAAUAUAUGUACUUCGUCAUCGACGAUUACAAUUGAUUUAUCGAUGUUAUAAAAUAUGCAUUGAUUCAUUCGCGUAUAUAUAUGCUUUCAAAGCCCAGCUUACUGCGUUCAUUUGCUCAAAUGUUUUAAUUAAUUGCUUAAGAACUAAUAAACUUAUAAAUUACGAUUAAACUUAUAAAUUUUAUAAAAUAGUAUAUGAAGUUUAUCUUUCUCUUUAUUUUGACUGCCUCUAUCUCGGUUGGUUAGUGAUUUGUCGCACCUUUUGUGUGUGUAUAUAUACACACAUACACACACACACACACACAUACACACAAGGUGGUCUACAUAACUCUUUAACUACAUUAUUCUAUGAUAUCUCAGAAAUUAAGAAAGAUACGAAAAAGUGUUUCCAAUAAAGUUGUAGGAUAUCAAAGAAGGAAAAAAGUCAUUUAUUUGACCUUGGAAUGAUCUUGAAAAACUUUGUUCAAGUCUUUAAAUUUUUAAAUGGCAUCAUCGAUUUUUCAGUAUAAAUUAAUUUCUCUGGUUAUUCUGCGUAUAAAAGCGUACUGGACUAAAAUCAUUGAAAAGUGAAUACUUUCAGAGUUAUUUUAUCUUACUACUAUUAAUUAUUUUAUCAUACUACUUUUCAAUAUAAGAUAUGAAUAUAAGAUAUAAGAUAUGAUACUUUUCAAUAUGAGAUAUCUUUUAAAUUAUUCACUUUUCGACUGUAUUUAUCUAUCAUCAUACGUGUUUGCGGACAUACAAGGCUGUGUUAUGUUUAAUGCUAACCUGAAAUUUGAGUAAAAGUUUACUUCUCUACUUAUACGUGCGUCUUCUUCAUACAACUUACCUUUAUUUAAAAGAAUCAAUAGGUAUACCUAUAUAUGUAUAAUAAGCAAGAAGGUACACAUGUACAUACAUUAAUUAAUAUUAAUGUACAUUCAUUAAUAUUACAAUAUAUUUUGUAAUAUGAUAAUCAAUGAAAAAGUUCCGCUCUAUUAAGACGGAUAUUUCGUGAUUGGCUGAUCAAGAAUUGGUCACCGUAGGUAUUCCGUGUGUGUAUCAAGCAUCCUCGUUCGUUUUCCGUCUUAAAGCGAGGAUGUUUAGGCUCAGCCUAGAGAGUUGACGUAGGUCGGGUACAGUUACGUCUGCCGGAGAUACCGCCGCGGCGUGGGCGUUUCGCGGCCUGUCGCGGUGGAAAUCGAUGAAAUCACGCGAUAAGAUCGAUAGAAGGAGGUCCGUCCUGCGGCAGGAAGCGAGACCGUCGCCGCCGCCGCCGCUGCAUAAUUUAAUAAUAUUACGGAUCUCCCGCGCCACGCUGAUUUACAGCCUCUCUUGUCGCAUCGAGAAGCACAUCGAAAAAGAGCGAGAGAGAAAGAAAGAGAGAGAAAGGGGGAGAAAGGGAAAGAGAGAGAGAGAAAGACAUGAUCGUGUAUACUCGGUUGCACCAUCGCACUGGCUAUGUAACGUGCACGAUCGCGUUAUCUCGUUUUGUUUUGCGCGCGUCUCAUGUACGAAAAUAGUCAUUACUUCGGCCGAGCUGCACCUAAUCGCGCCUCUCUCGUAAGAGAGAGACUCUGAAAAUCACCGUAUCGAUUGUCGAUUUACGACGCGAGAGUGGUGUACACGCACGACUUCUGUCUUUCUGGGUGUGCGCGCAAUUUCAGGCAUGGGCGCGCGCGACGAAAGCGGAUGCGCCAUUUCACCGAUCGCCGCGACGCGUCGAAAUAAUCCGGCACGUCGCUAUCCGGAUAAUAGUCAUGUACUUUUUUCUAAGAGCGGAAACGUGAAGAGUGAAAAAUUUCACGUGAUCUCGACGACUCCAGCGAUCAAGUAACUUUUCGAACAAUGAAAAUGUAAAUAUUUUUACUUUUUACAAAUUCAUGUUAAGAGAAAAGUUAUAUGAUCGAUAUAUCCUGGGCAAUAAUCAUGUAACUUCUUCUUAAGAGUAGAAAUAUGCACAUAUGUGAAAAGUUUCACUUAAAUUUGACGAUCAUAACGAUCAUGUAAUUUUUUGUACAAUGAAAAUAUGAAAAUUUUCAUUUUUUAUGAAUUCACGUUAAGGAAAAAGUUACAUGAUCGAUACAUCUUAGAUAAUGAUCAUGUAACUUAUAAUGUAAAUUACCAUAUAACUUUUUCCUAAGAGCAGAAACACAUAAAAAGUGAAAAGUUUCACUUAAAUUCGACGAUCAUAGCGAUCAUGUAAUGAUGUUUUAAAUGAUGGAAAUGUGAAAUUUUUUAGGUGGAACUUUUCACUUUUCAUGUUUCCGCUCUUAAGAAAAGUUACAUAAUCUUCAUUCUAUAGGCGAUAUUUUGCUGAAGUCAGCACAUCAGAAGAGGCGUUCCAGAAUGAAAUAACGACAUGGUGAUAUGCUGACGCGGAAAGGAUUUCGAGUAUAUAUUUUUACCGCGCCUUAUCUUAUCAAUAUUAGUAUCAUUUUUACUAUUGUCCCCCGUCUAUCUUGGACUCACGUGAAGAAGAUCGUGUUCGCCUUGAACUUGUUUUCAUACUGAAAUGUUGCGCUAAUCAGUCGGCAUUAUAUAAUACGCGGAGUCAUAAUAUUUACGUUCGUGUGUCUCAUUUAUUUUGAUCUCAGUGUGAAGUUGGUGAAAUGAGACGUCCUGGUCGUCCUUUCGAGAGGAGAGCGCCGUCUCGCACUAUCAAUAUGUUCGAUUGUAAAUCCUAAAUGUAAUAUACGAAAUAUUUCUUAUGAUUACGAGAUACAUAGUGGAGGUUAAGAUUAUUGUUAUCGAUUGUUGUUGCACCAGAUGUCUUAACGUCUUAACUAAGAUUACUCAUAUGAUAUCCAAUCUAUCACACAUGUAUAUGUAAGAUUGAAAAUUGCAGGAGAUUCUAAUGAAUUGUACUUAGAUCGAUUUGCGCUUGAGGAAAUGCGCUGAAUAAAUUAUGUCUUAACUACUACUUAUAACAAAUAUAAGUGUUCAGGUGCACGUGAUACUUGUAUGUGGAUGUUCAUCAUUACGUGAUCGUCUAAUCUAUAUGACUCAUAUAAACAGUAGGCGCCAAGUUCAUGAUGAAAUAAAACGUUUUUAGCGUCAGUUGUAGAUUAUAAAUUCUAAAUACGGAAUUGGAAAUGUUCUUACGAUUAUAAAAUAGUAGAUGGAAAUUAAUGUUGCCAACAAUAUCGUUAUUAUACGUUAUUAUACCUUAAUUAAGAAGGUUUUAUUCUCUAAUCAAGCAGUAUUUUAUUAAUAAAAUCGCGCACGAUUGUAGAUCUUAAACGCGGAAUUGGAAACGUCUUUACCAUUAUAAAGAGAUAUAUAGAAUUAGAAUGGGAAUUGAUGUUACCAACAACAUCGUCAUUAUACAUAACUUAAUCAAGAAAGUUCUACUCUCUUAUUAAGCAAGCAGUAUUUUAUUAAUAAAAUCGUUUAAAAUGACUGAAAAAAUAAUUUUAUAGCAAUUUUAGUGUAAUAAAAUUCGUAAACGUCAUAAUAUUUUAUCGUUUCUUUAUUUUAAAAGUUAUGAAGUGUUUUAUAAAUACGACAAAAUAAAAGUUGUAACACAUUUAUUUGAUGUUAAUACUAUUAAUGAGAAAACGAUAUAAACAUGAAAUGUAUUUGUUAUUGUAUUCGAUAAAUAAUUAGUUUUAUUUUAUUUGAAUUUGAAAUGUAUAGAAGUUAUGUUAAUAAUAUAAGUAAAUAAUAUUAAUAAUAUAAGUAAAUAAUAUAAAUAAAGAAAUAAUUAUAUAAAUGACAUUGAAGUUAUUACAUUAAAGUUAUUAUAGAUUUGACGCUAAUUUAUCAUGUAUAUGUGCUGUUACAUUUCCAUUUAUAUAUUAUCAGUUUGACGAAUAUUUUUAUUGAAAAAUCUAAAUUUCCUUUCAGUUUGUUAGUAAAUUUGUGUAAUAUUUUACUAAAAUGUUUAAAUGUUUAUUUUAUUAUUACAAGUUUUUAUAUAAAUUUCUGUUUUAUAUAUAAGUAUUUUAAAUUACAAGGAAUUUGAUGUCUAGAUAUGCUUGCACAAUACAAAUUUACAGUUAAAUAUUUUGGAAACGGUACUAUAAAAAUGACUGAAAUUUCUGUCACACGUUGUUAGUUUCAAUUAAUUUUUGCAUCAUGCACAUAUAAAUGAACUUUCAUUUAAUCAAAUGCUAGAAUCCUUUUAAUAUUGUAUCUACGUAAUAAGAAAAAAAUACUUUGUUUUUACGUUGAAAUCCAUAGAUAAAUAAUAUUUAUCUAUGGAAGUUUUUAACAUAGCCGCCUGCUAAUUAAAAAUAUUGACGUUGUGUUACUUUGACUAUUCUGCAUAGAGUUAUUUAUAUUUAUUAUUUUUAAGUGCCAAAAUAACAAAAUUGAUAUGUAAUAUAUGCAUUUUUUGACAUAUUUUACAUAUAAAAUGUAUGGAUAAGUUGCAUUAUUUGAUAACAUAUUUGCCUCGUAUUAAAUUAAUACAAAAAUCGGAGUAGAUUCAUUGGAACAUGUGAGAUGUGUUAAAUUCAACGCAAAAUUUUUUGCAAUGCAGAAUAAUUUGCAUGAUUCAAUCUACACAUAUAUAUGUAAGGGGAUAAAAACCGUAAGAAAUUCUCCUGAAUGUUACUUGUAUCAAUCUGCGUUUGAGGGAAUCCAUCUCAGCGUCUACAUAUAAAUUACGCCUCAACAAUAAUAAUAAAUACCAUUGUAUAUGUAUAAAUAUUGUAUAUGUAUGUAUAUGUACAAUGUAUAUGUACCAAUGUAUUUUGAUGUUUAUUGUCGCGAUCUAAUUAACGCGAUUUAUGUAAUCGGUAUGAACAAUACUUUUGCGACAAAUAAAAAAGCCGCUUUUUGGCGUCGGUUCAAUGGUAAAAUGGAAAGAGUACAAGGUUGCGUUUAGUGCUCCAACGUCUGAGAUACUUUCCUUGAACGCGAAAACGUCUCUAAGAAAACGUUCUAACUGAAGAAGAAAAUGUUUGAUAUUUGUAAUCACACAGAGAAAUAAUUGCUAUAAAUAAAAAAAAAAUUUUUUUUUCUAAUUAAAUUCUAUAUAAUAUUUUCACCGGACAUUGUAGAGUAAAUAUGAUGUAGGGUAGACUUUUUCUAUAAUUUCUUAGGCAAUUAAUUGUUUUGACUGACUAUAAACAUGAUAGAGGCGAUCUUCUUUUAUGUAUUUACACCUGUCACAAUUCUGUUAAUCGUAUAUUUUGUUUUGUAAUAAUAAAAAUACGAAUAUGCAGCAACAUAGUCAUCUUGCCCUCUAUUGGGUCCAAUUGUUCAGUAGCGCAGAAUAAAAAAAGAAAGCCACAUAUGAAAUAUAUUGAUAGUAAUUUUAGAUUCUCCACGAAAGAGAGGUCUUCACAGUUCUCCUGCCGGCUCUUAUGGGCCAACUUUACCUCGCCCGCCUAUAUACUCUAUUUCAUUCAUCUUAUAAAUAAAAAUUGCACUUAUUACCAGAAACAGUAUAUCAUAUAUUUGUAAGAAUUUUCAUUUUAGCUAGUAACACAUCGCUUAAUUUUAUUCAGCCACGAUAAAAAAUAUUAAUAUAAAAUUCCAAGAUACUCAAAAGUUUACUUUGUUAUUACGAAAUUAGUUUUUUUCUAUUUAUUAAUUGUAAUGUUAUUUUAAUUUUAAUGAAACUCAGUGAAAAGUAUUUAUGUUCUAAAAAAAACCAUUUCGCGAUUUUGUAUCCACUCUGCCUCUCAAGAUAAAUACUAAGAAAAAGCACAUGAGCAAAACAUAUUUCUGGCCAUGUAGCCCUGGUCUCUACUACUUCAUUAUUAAAAGAAUAUAUUCACUUUAAUCGACUAAAAUACUCAUCCUUAGAGUCAGAAUCCACUUUAAGCUUGAAUGAAGCUUUUACUCUUGCAAUUUUGACUAACAGUAUUUUCAUUAUUGCUUCGAGUGAACGUACUACUGCUCUUCUCUCGUUUUAAGUGAGAUUCCAUUUAACAAAAAAUUUACAGAGUAGAUCAACUAUUAUGUUGUUCUCUUGUGGGAUCCAUCUCCAUCUCCAUCUUCACUCCAAUUUCCCUCGGCAAAAGUUCGCACGAACACGAAUAUAUCGCCGGUCGCCUCUGGGUCCUCGCGACGUUACACGUUGGACCCGACGAGAUCCGUCGAUCCUCGCGACGUGAAGUGCGCUAAGUUAUCAGUCGCCUUACAAGCGGUUGCUAUGCGAUAUGGAAGGGGUGGCCGGAGUCACCUACUAGCUCCGACCAGUGAGAAGUCAGUGUGCGUAAGCCGGCCGGUCGUGCCGGCUCCUUUCCUGUCGCUGCUGCUUUCUCGUGCACACUCUCGCACACAAACACACACACACACAUACAUGCAUAGUCCGCGGAGAACUGCUCUCCACGCGUCGCUCCGAAAGAGUUCUGGCACGGCCGUGCCGGCAGGAGUAUGCCGGUACCAAUUGAUCGGCCGCCGGUUCGCACUCGAUCUUGAGAGAUCAAUCGCGAUCGCGAGAGUUGCGCGCGGAAUGAACACCGCGCGAUAGUUUUUGACGCCUGAACGCCUCCGGGUGUCCGAAAGAAUUCGAGAAUCGCUCCGGGCAAGGUCGUGGGUCCGCCGAGAAUCGAAUCCCGUUAAAGUCUUCGAGGAUAGUCUUCGUCGUGGAGCUGCUGAGCGUUCCUCAACGGAAUCUUCUCGCAAGAAACGCCGAAACCGAGUCCCUCAAUCUUCCUGGAGAGUCCUCUCUGGACUUCCUUCAAGGCUCACGCCACAGAGGAAGCGUGCGCUUUGAAUUCCGCGCCGCCGUGUCGAUCGCUCGAUCCGGAGAGAAACAAGCGCGAGAAAGUGGAGGAUUUGCGUUUCACGGAUUCCCUUGGAAACAGGAACUCGAGCAAGAGGACAAUUCCCGCGACGGAGGCGGUGGGCGUCGUCGCUUCAGGAACCCGUAAAGUCUGACCAUGUCGAACUGUGGUGUCGCUGUGAAACGCGGACGAAACGCGUGCCUCUGCCUGCCAUGCGGAAACGCACGUGAAUAAGCGAAUUUCCGAUUGUUUUUGUUAUGUUUUAUUUGGAAACUCUUUCUUCUUGCUUCUGAGGAGUUUUAUUCGACGGAGUGUGGAUCUCUUAUCGUUUCAAGAAUCAAGCGGGUUUUAUCAGUCGACCGUGAAGACACUUGACAUUACUUGAUACCCGGAGAAUCGUAGAUCGGAGAUCGUGUGAGAGACUCCACGAUCGUCGGCGACACAUGGCGACCGUCGACAUACUCUGAGCCGGCGUGAGGAAGUCGCUCGAUCGUGAGGAACAAUAUUCGUCUUCGUGCGCGGAUCCUCCUGGCUUCGUAUGCUGCGCGAAAUGAAUUGAUCGUGGCCCGCGCGUGUACACGGCGCCUGCGGCAUAUAAUUUUCGGCGAAGGCUCGUAUACUCGACGUCCGACUCUGUUUCACGGAGAAGAACCAUCAUGACACAGGAAGAGGAAGACACCGCGACAUUCAAGCCGAAGACACCGACGGAACAGACAAGCUCGGUGAGUGGCAGCUCAGGCCGUGGGCCGGCAGGCCAGGGCAGCAGCUUGACCUCGCCCCCGCCCUCACCAUCGGAGGGCAGGCACGCUGUCGACGAGACAUCUACCACCGCCGUCCUUGAGAUGAGCAGCACAGACUCUGCUGGCAGCGCUCGCGCCAGCGGCGGCGGGCCCUCCUGUGGCCUCGUCAGUUCUCUCUUUCCUAGUAGCUGCCGUGGUCGCGCGGAGGCGUUCGCUAGGCGUCUUCAUCGUCGACUGACUUCAUUGGGUGGCGAGAACGGCUCGCCCGAGCGAGACGUGAAUAUCGACAGGCAGCCACACGAGACCUCAUGGCUACACCCGUCAUCGUCCGGCAAUCGUGCCGUGAUAAGUACCAACAACGGGACCACCAACCACGUUCUGCAACGUCAGCCGCGUCACAGUCCGGAAUCAGACCUCUUCUUCGAUUUCGACGUCGAAUUAGAAAAUGGGCCGGGCUCGCCUGCCGAGGAAGCGACGGCUGCGGAGUUGGCUCACCUGUUAAUGAACCCGGAGAUUCUGAAAGCAAACCAUCAUGACGCCUGCCACUGUUCGCCGAGUGGCACUAAAGCGGUGCCCGCCCCAGGUCUUCAUCAGGACACCGAAACCGGCUGCAUGUAUGUGUCGCCAAUCAACGGCACACCGCCCGAUAGCGAUUCUUCCGAGAUAUUCUUCGAUCCAGAAUCUUCUGACACGGAGAAGCCGAAGAGCGAGGCCUACUUCGAUCCCAUCACCACUACCUCGGAUAGCGAGGUCACAUCGAAUCUUUCCAAUUGUCCUGCAAAGGCCAGAAUCAGUAGUAGACGGACGGACAAGAAUAUAGGAAUACGGAUCUGCGAGGACACAUCCGAGUCUGAAAGCUGCUCAUCGAGAAGGAAAUCUGCACCCUGUGAAAAUGGUGAUCUGCGGGAGGAGUUGGUCUGCAGCUCGGAGGACUCACUGAACGGUAGGAGCUCACAGGAAACGACGUCGCCCAGCCACGAAUCCCUAUGGAGUACGUUUGACGAUAGCACGGUGUCGCUGCAAGACGAGAGCCCACCUAGGUUUGACCAGCCUGAUCAAAUCAUCCCGCAUAAUCGCCUACCCAAGUCGCAUUCCGACUCGGAAUUACCGAGCAACGGUCCCAGCGCAUUAUUGUCCAACAAGCUCGACAGGUGGCACGAGGAGGACGAAAACGAGUCCAACGAAGUCGACUUCGUUCGUGUAUGGUCGGAGGAGGUGAUUAGAAACGGCAAAGACUUUGCAGUCAAGGACGAUGUUCACAACGACACCGAGAACUCCUUCGACACGGAAGACGACGAGCAGGAGUCAGCGGAGUCUACGGAAUCGAAGAUGACGCCGUCCGAAUGUUCGUCUCAACUGAAGAUGGACGAUACGAUCGCCAGCGACACUGAUACGGAUCCCUCCACUUACAGUAGUACUAUCAAUGUCCCUGUUAUGCUCACGUUGGAGUGUCCAACGGGUGACCGAGUGAUCGAGACAUCAAUUUUGAAGAACGAGGUGGAGUUGCAGAUUGACAAGAUCGCGCAGUCGAAUAAUAGCGAAGAUGACAACAACGACGACGACGACGGUAAAAUGCGUCUCCUACUGACUAAGCUCAGUAGCAGUCCUAGCGCGAAGGAAGAAGAGGAGGAGUCCUCAUCGCUGGAACAGGAGAGUCAAAGCGAAACAGUAGAAGAAGAGGAAGAAAGACCACAGCGUAUACGCAGAUGUUCCUCUCUGAAGACUGGUAAAACGCCACCUGGUACACCAGGCAGAAAAAAGAUUGUCCGAUUCGCAGACGUACUCGGCCUCGAUUUGGCAGCUGUGAGAACCUUCUUGGACGAGAUACCGAGGAUACCAAAUUCCGCGUAUAGCGACUUGGUCUUCCAAAAAGACGAUUUCUUCCAGAAGGACAGCAGUCCGGUGAGCAACGCGCUAUCGUCUGUCGGUAACGGUUGGGGUGAUUGUUACUCGAACGACAACAACGGCAGACGGGGUUCUAUGCCAUUAUCCAGAAAGAUGGAGCGGAUGUUAGUGCCGUUAUUUCAGCAGCCGGGCGGCAUGGCAAACUUUCUGGAUCUGGUGCGUGAGCGGCGAGUAUGCCUAGAGAACGUCUUGGUGCAGAACCCGACAAUCCUGGCGAUUCAAGGCACAGUGCGCGUUAUCAACCUUGACUUCCACAAGUCCGUGCAUAUACGCUACACUCUGAACUCCUGGCGGAACUUCAGCGACUUACAGGCCACCUACGUGCCCAACUCGUGCGACGGCUUCAGCGAUAAGUUUUCCUUCGUUCUCUACUGCCAUACUCUGUUGAUUGGUCAGCGGCUAGAGUUUGCUGUGCGAUUCCAAUGCAAGGGCACGCAAUACUGGGACAACAACGGCGGGGCCAAUUAUUGCUUUCAAUGUCUGCCGGGCUCGUCGCCGGUCAGUUAUAUACCAAUCACCGCCGGUGAGAGCAGCCGACAUACCGACUGGUCGCCGAUGUUUUACUGAUGGCUGUCGGGGCUGCGCGUCCGCCCGAUUCGAUGACACGACUCGAUGCGCAAUGACGCGGCACCUGGAACACGAAGAGACUGAACAUGGUAGUCAAAGGAGCUGACGGCUCGAACUCGCGUUCGAGACUCGAUGGUUUUUAAACGUUCCUAAGCGAGAGAUAAAAAGAAACAGAGAAAGAGGUGUUUCGCAAUGAAGCUGCGGUGAAAACUGACGCCGGAUGCGACCACAUGUCCGGGAUUGAUUUACUUUACUUUGCCACUCCAGGAAGCUUCCAAGGAGUUCGUGUGACGAUCGAUUUCAUCAUACGAGGCUAAUGCAAAGGACGCCUCGAAGUGGACAAUUUAAACGCACGGAUGCAGGGACAUGGACGAGGAGUGUUCGUGAAUCGAUCUAUCGUUUUGAAAAAGUUUAAUGGACGGGCCAGGUGAAGGAUUCAUAGUUUCGUAAUAAAAUAUCUCGGACGGUUUUUAUAACUUUUCGAUAAUUUCCAGUGUAAUAAUAAGCGUAGAAAACACGCAGAAAAAUGUAUACUGCAUUUAAGAAGAUGUUACUUGUUUCACAAGUAUUUCAUAAGUUUAUUUGUAAAUUUAUCGUAAAUUCAUUACGAGUUUCUAAAUUUAUUAAAAAUAUAUUCUGCAUCCUAGCAAGUUUAGCAUCUCAAUCAAGAAUAUUUAAUA